AUGCAGGAUUGUCGCCAAGUUUCAUGGAAGACUCAAACGGAUUGCGCAGUCCUCGAAAGAAGAAGAACGGAACACCUGUCAUUAAAAUCUUUGAAAUAUGAACUAGAGGCUUUAUGGAAUGAGAACAAGUCUGCACAUUCUCGGAAUGCAAUAAAACAACUUCAGUUCAGUAAGAUUGAGAGACAAACUAAAGCACUGUGGAAUAAAAACAAGGUGACUUUUGAAUUCGUUCAAGUGCAUACUCUGUCUUGGGUGCAAUUAUGCUGCAUAAACCGGAUGCAUCUAAUGAGCAACCAGUUCACUGUAGCCAAACUGGCCCAUCACAAACAACUGUCUAAUGGAGGUCAAAUUUAUCAAGGUAAAUCACCAAUAUGCCAGCUGAAUGACAAAUCAAUAUCUUAG